AUGAGAGACGUUUAUCUGAAUAAUCUAACACAGAAAAAUAAGUAUUAUUAUGAAUUCAAUGUAUUGGCUGAUGAAGAUGAAAAUAUUAUUCGUGAUGGUAAAGCCAUUGAAUCAAUUAUUGUAAAUAAUCUGAAUGAUAAUGGUUUUGCUAGGUUUGUUGCAUUAACACUUCAAAAUCGAGACUUCUGGGAGCAGAUAUCAGAUAAAAUUGUGACAAAACUUUAUAGAUCCAGAGAUAACCUGGUCCAAUAUGGUAUAAAAUUUCAAGAUUUGAUAUGGGAUAAAUUUAAUAAUCUACUUCGACGUACUGAUAGUACAUCAGAUAAACGUUAUAAAUUGCCGUCAACAGCAACACUAUCACAACUAGUAUCACUGGUCCAAGUUCAAAAACAAGAACAUUUAAUAAAUUUGCUGAUAAUUUCGUCUGGUUUAAGAGAAAUCUGUUACAUGCAAAUACCAGAAUUGUUCAUGUGCCGGACAGGAAAACCAGGUGCAGUUGAUCGAUAUAUAUCAUCAGAUCUUGACCGAUUCGAAGGUGUUCAUAAGCCUCCCACUGUCGUGUUGAUUUCUGACGAUAUCACUUUUAUUUGUAAAUUGAGUGAUUUACGUCAUCAGAUUGGAUAUAAUGUUAUCGUUGGUCAUAAUUUACCUGCUAAAGUCCAAUUAAAAGCAACGGUUAAUUCACAUUACGACUGGUCACAAAGCCGCAUACAAUCAACACAGCAAAAUAGACAACUAACUAUACCGAUUAAAAAUGAUUCGUCACAACUUUUAAGAUCGUAG